ACGGGGAGGAAGGGGGCGGGGCCGAGGAGCGCAGCCGGAAGAGGCCGGCGGGGAGCGGCGAGCGAGACCGGGAGGGACCGGGGAGAGCACGUACAAACCAGUUCCCGCUGACGUUUCCCAGUUCCAGCUCCCAGCGACCUCCAGGGCUCAGCCAUGGGCGAGCGCAAGGGCACCAACAAAUACUACCCGCCCGACUUCGACCCCGCCAAGCACGGGUCCCUGAACCGGUACCACGGCAGCCACCCCCUGCGGGAGCGCGCCCGGAAGCUCUCCCAGGGCAUCCUGGUCAUCAGGUUCGAGAUGCCCUUCAACAUCUGGUGCGACGGCUGCCAGAACCACAUCGGCAUGGGGGUCAGGUACAACGCUGAGAAGAAGAAGGUGGGGAAUUACUACACCACACCUGUGUACAGGUUCAGGAUGAAGUGCCACCUGUGCGUGAACCACAUCGAGCUGCAGACGGACCCCGGGAACUGCGACUACGUCAUCGUCAGCGGCGCGCGGCGCAAGGAGGAGCGCUGGGAGCCCGGGGACUGCGGCCAGGUGCUGCCCGACGCCCCGGAGCAGCAGCAGCGCCUGGCCACGGACGCCAUGUUCCGCCUGGAGCACGGCGUGUCCGACCGGGGGGUCCUGGAGCGCGCCGCCCCCACCCUGACGCGCCUGCAGGAGGCCCAGAGCGCCUGGAAGGACGACUUCGGCCUCAACAGCCGCCUCAGGAGGAGGUUCCGGGAGGAGAAGAAGACGCUGCGGGAGGAGGAGGAGGAGGCGGCGGCGCUGGCGAGGAAGGCCGGGCUCAGCAUCCCGCUGCUCCGCGAGGAGGAGGAGGAUCGGCGGCUGGCGGCGCUGCUCAGCCUGCGCGCCCCCGACUCCUACGAGGAGAGGCAGCGCCUCAAACGCUCCGAGAUCUCCCAGCGCUCCUGGUUCGGGACCCCCCCCUCCCGCACCCCCCUCCAAAAACUGGGGCUGGGGGCGUCCCGCUCCCCCCGGGCCCCCCCGGGACCCCCCGCGACCCCCGCCGGGCUCGGCAUCGUGCGGAGGGGGGGGGCGACAACCCCCGGGACCCCGCGAGACCCCCGGGAGCGGACCAGAGCCCCCCCAAACUGGGGGAGACCCCCCCCAAACUGGGGGAGACCCCCCCCAAGGUGAAGGAACCCCCGGGACCCCCCCCAAAAAUGGGGAAACCUCCCGAGACCCCCCCGGUGCCGCCCCCCGGGACCCCCCC